GACUCCACGCCGGAAUAAACUUGAUGCAGUUCAAGCCAUGUUCUCUAUGGAGAAAUUGAUCAAAUCCAUCUGUUCUUCACCGAGAAACUCUACAUCAAAGAAGGGGGGAGUAAGUCAUCUGCUUCUUUCCUACAAAAAGGAAUCAAGUUAGUGAAUAAUAUUAAAGACGAGGUUAUAGCAACAUAGCAACAGCAGUGAUAGACCUGUUACCAACUAAAUACACCAUCGGGUUUUGGGUUUAAUGGAUCCAUACUGCGGGUCAUUGGUAUGUGUCACAGUCUAACACGUGUAGAGGUGUGUGCUCAAACUGAAAGUGGAGAAAAACAACUGAUGAUCAGGUGCUGUUCUCCAACCUAAACUGCCUCGUGCCCUUGAAGCAGUUUAUCUCCACCUCUACAGACCCGGUUGAGCCAGACAGCUGGACGACCUGAUAAGUGUGUGUGUGCAGUGUUCUGCCGCUCGUGUGUUGUGACCAUACAGUACCUGCAUGUAACAUUAUGGCGCCUUAAAUACCCUUGACACACACUCGCAAGAGAUGGUUUAGUGUGAGGUUAAAAGAAAAACAGGUAGUUUAUUAUCAUGCCAGCCUCCUGUAUGUGUUGGUUUGGUUUUAUUAAGUUUGCCAUAUUAAACCCAGCUAUGGCGACGUGGGCUAACAUCAAAGAGCAGUGUUUUAAAAGAGAAGAUUUACAGUUUGCCACCACAGGUGUUGAAAUCCAAAUCGCCCAGUGCUGAUGUGCUGUACAAUGUAAAAACUGCACCUGCCCAUUGGCAUCACGGUGGUGAAUGCCAGAGGGGGGCGUCGGUCAGUGUGGAGCCAAGGAGCGCACCAGAGCGCGCACCAGAGCGCGUCCAGUGCGCACCCAGAGCGCACAGCCGCACACUUACCAGCACUGUGCGCCUGUGCUGCAAGGGGGGGGCGGUGGUGGCUGCACAUUGUCACACAGCCCGUCCGCACUGAGCAACAACACUUCAGGAACUACGCGGAGCCCUGUGUGGGUCCGGUGGACAACAUGCGGAGCGCUGAGCUGAGACAGUUGCGGUGCAGCCUCGUCGUCUGACUUUAAGGAGCCGGUGGUGGUGGUGGCGGCGGUGGCGGUGUGAAUUAUGUCCGGAGGCGCCGGGUCUUCUGACUGGGAAAGUUGUUUGUUGUGAUCUGAGACAAGAUGCAUCUCUUUCGGAGCCACAACUACCAAGUGUUCCCGGACCGCUCCUCCGGGGAGACGCCGACCAUACGAGGCAUCAGCUGGACUCCACUGCCAGAGGCCCUGGACUCAAAGGACUCGAUGAAACAGUUUCUUUCAGAUCGCGUCGUGAAAGCAGGCAGGUCACUGUUCAGCGUCAUGAUGGAGAGGAACGCCGGUCUGAUCCGAGAUAGAAAGUAUCACCUCAAAACCUACAGACAAUGUUGCUCUGGUAAAGAACUCGUCGAUUGGCUGAUGAAACAAAAUGAGUGCCUCCAGUGGAGAAGUCAGGCCGUUGGGAUGUGGCAGGUCCUGGUGGAGGAAGGAAUUCUCGUUCAUGUGAAACACGAGUUGAACUUCCAUGACAAGGACACUCAGUUCUACCGAUUCCAAGACUCCGAGUUUGGCCUGAACCAAACAACAAACGAGAGGGAAUCGGAGGACGAGCUGCAGGAGGGUCUGUCGCUGCUGUCUCAGCUCGGCCCGGACGCCCUGCUCACGAUGAUUCUACGCAAAUGCCCCAGUCACCGGAGUGCUGAGGAUCUGGAGGUGAUCUACGAGGAGCUGCUCCACGUCAAGGCUGCCGCUCAUCUCUCCGCCUCAGUGCGUAAGGAGCUGGCAGCGGUGCUGGUUUUUGAAUCACAUGCCAAGGCCGGAACAGUCUUGUUCAGUCAGGGGGACAAAGGCACGUCGUGGUACAUCAUCUGGAAAGGCUCCGUGAACGUGAUCACACACGGGAAGGGACUGGUAACUACACUUCAUGAGGGUGAGGACUUCGGGCAGCUGGCGUUGCUGAACGACGCCCCUCGCGCUGCCACCAUCAUCCUGAGAGAAGACAACUGCCAUUUCCUCCGUGUAGAUAAACAGGACUUCAUACGCAUCCUCAAGGAUGUGGAGGCUAACACAGUGCGACUGGAGGAGCAUGGGAAAUCCGUGCUGGUGCUGGAGAAGAGCGCCGCCUCCACCGAGCAGGGAGCAACCGGAAACAACAGCAAAUACACAGUCAUGUCAGGGACACCUGAGAAAGUCCUGGAACAUCUACUGGAAACAGUCAAGUUGGAUUCUAAUGGGAAUGACGCCAUAGAUCCCUGCGUGAGUGACUUCCUGCUCACCCACAAAGUUGUCAUGCCCUCCAGCCAGCUGUGUCCUUCGCUGCAGCACCACUACCGGGCUGAGCUCUCUGAGGGUUCAGACCAGGAGAAAGCUGCGUAUGUUCUCAACACCAAGCAGAAGGUAGUGAAGCUGGUCGGCCAGUGGGUGGUGCUGUAUGGCCUUCUCCUGAAAGACGACCCAUUCGCUCUGGACUUUCUGGAGAGGUUGAAGAAGGAGGUGGCCGGUGAUUUCCGUCUGUCCAGCCUGCUGAAAGAACAAUUUAGGGAAAGGAGGAGAACAAAAGUGUUGGAGAAUGGAUAUCAGUCACUGAGCAGGAACCAGCCCUUUGACUGGUUUUCCAACUGUGAGGAUCCCGUGGGGAGGUUACAGCCAAUCAGAGCACAGGAUAAAGUGUUGUACGAGAUCUGCAGCCCCGACAACAAAGCUGUCACUCUGAUGCUCCCGGUGAACACGUCAGUGCAGGAUGUGAUGUCGGCGGUUGUCAAACCAGGCGGAGAUCACGUCCUGGUCAAGAUGAACUCCUCAGGAGAAAGAGCUCAGUUAAAGCUGGAGGCCACUGCAGUCUACACCGCCCUGGGACUCAAUGAGAGACUGUUCAUCUGUACAAGCAGCCAAGUGGAACAACUGAUGCCCCUGAGGGAGCAGCAGGGUCCGGAGCGAGGAACAGCCGACGUCCUGGAACAGAUGGGCUCCAAAGACAUCGCCAAUGAGCUCACAAACUACGACUGGGAGCUGUUCACUGCCAUGCAUGAGGUGGAGCUUGUUUACUACAUAUUCGGCCGCCAUAAGUUCCCCGGUGCCACCACAGCGAACCUGGAGAGGUUCGUGCGUCGCUUCAACGAGAUGCAGUACUGGGUGGUGACCGAGCUCUGCCUCUGUGAGGAACUAGUGAAACGAGCCGUUCUGCUGAAGAAGUUCAUCAAGAUUGCUGCAGUCCUGAAGGAGCAGAAGAAUCUCAAUUCAUUCUUUGCUGUGAUGUUUGGUUUGAGCAACAGUGCCGUGCAGAGGCUCUACAAGACCUGGGAGAGAAUAUCCAGUAAAAUGAAAAGAAUUUACUGUGCUUACGAGAGGUUGAUGGAUCCUUCACGUAACCACAGGGCCUACAGACUGACUGUGGCCAAACUCGGGCCUCCGUACAUCCCCUUCAUGCCUCUGCUGCUCAAAGACAUGACUUUCAUCCAUGAGGGAAACUCCAACUACGUAGACAAACUGGUCAAUUUUGAGAAGAUGCGAAUGAUCGCCAAGACGGUGAAAGUAGUACGCGGAUGCAGAAGCCAGCCGUAUGUGCCUUCGUCUCCGCAGAGGGGCCUCGCAGAUCGGAUGUUUCUGGAAGGACCUGCUACUCGCAUAUCCACGUACUCGGACCACGCCCUCCCUCUGCGCAGUCCCAGCAACAUCCGACACCACAUCCAGAACCUGAAGGUGAUCGACAACCAGCGCACGCUAACACAGCUAUCGAGAACGUUAGAAUAGGUCACGAGCCUGCGAACGCACACAGACUGCAGACACUGUAGCACGCAUCUGAACCCGAAGAAGGGAUUCUAUCUACGAACAAAUGUUUCCACGCUUCUCUUUCGAUGAGCCGGACCUCUGGAGGUUGGGGGGGGGGGGUUCACGGAGAAGCUUUGUGCACAGAGAGCGAACACGUGCAGACGGCACAGUAAUGACCUCUAAUCCUGAACCACCCACUGGACUUUCACGACACUUUUAUUCAAUACAUCUCACAGCCUGUAAAUAUGUCUAGUGUAUGUGCCACUGUGGAAAUCAAUCUCUCUCCCCCCCCCACACACACACACACACACACACACACACACACACACACACACACACAAUGUUACAACAAUUACAGUUUGACAAUAUGUUCGUCUUUGGUCCACAACCACACCGGUGGCUCCACAACAGACUCAUAAUGCUGCACAUCUUCUUCACGACUAAUCACGUCAGGUCAGCUCUUGUAUUUUCACAUUAAAGUGUUGUAUCAGGAUUUUUUGCACAUAAUUUCAUACAAUGUUGUUUUCUAAAUAAAUUAUUUUCUCAGC